GAAGAGGAGGAGGAGGUGGAGGAGAAGGAGGAGGAGAAGGAGGAGGAGGAGGAGGAGAAGGAGAUAAAAGAGAAGGAGGAGGAAAAGAAGGAGAAAGGGAAGGAGGAAGAGAAGAAUGAGAAAGCGAAGGAGGAAGAAAAGGGGGACGAAGAGGAAGAGACGGUUGAGGAAGGGGAGAAGGAGAAGAAAAGGGAAGUAACAAAGACGGAGAUCCCAACGAAAGAGCGAACGAGAGAAAUCGAGAUAAAACAAAAUCAAGAGGAAGAAGGUGAAAGGAAAAAAGAGAAAGAGGAUGAGAAAGAAGAAAGAGAGGAAGAAGACGAAACAGAAAGAGAGGAAGAAGACGAAAUAGAAAGAGAGGAAGAGAGUGAGAAAGAAGAGAGUGAGGGAGAAGAUGGAAUGGAAACAGAGGAAGAGGAUGAAGAAGAGGAGGUCCAAACAACGAAGAGGGGAAAGAGAAAGAGAAAAAGAAUUAGAAGAACACGUAAAUCGAGUAUCAAGAGGUACAUGGACGAAGAACCCGAAGCAGGAAUUGUGGCUCGAAAAGGGCGCAGCGUUCGGAGCCUCGCUGUCUUCAUGGAGAGUAAGCUGCAGCUACAGUGUCCAGCUGUGCCCAAGUAUCCUCAGCUGACGUUUGGGAUAAUGGUAGAGAAGGAGGAAGACGAGGAGGAGGAGGACGAGGAGGAGGUGGAGGAGGAGGACGAGGAAGAGGAGGGAAGAAUGGGAGGGAUUGGGGAGGCGCGAGAAAACGGGGAGAAAGAUGGCGUCGUCGGUGCGAUCGGCGCAAAACUCGGUGGAAUUGGAAGUGGACGCGAUAACAGACAGAUUGAUCUGUCGGAGUGUGUGGGCGACGAGUGGCGCUUGAGCGGGGCGAGAUCUUGCUGUCAGGAGAGACACGGAGAACAGGGCGGUGACGAAAAUCAGAUUAUGUUAAUCUGUUCAAAGGAAGAAGGAGAAGAACAGAGCAACUUUGACGAAGAGGAGGAACACCCGAGCGUCGCAGGAGGCACUGACGUCGCGACGGGGAUGGAAACACCGCCAGAAGACGCCAUGAGGGCAGGAGAACGAGCCACACUUGAGGAGGAGGUGCAAGGCCAACGCAGCCGUGAGAGGGAGGUCCUGAAGCCUCCUCCGCUGACGAGGGUUCCACCGCCGAAGCCCCCGAGACUCGACCCGACGCUCCGCAGGGAGGAGGCCGCGGAGUCGAGCCCUGGGGAGUUUCCGGGACUUCGAGGACAAGCGCUUCAGGACGACGAAGAGCGAGGAAGGAGAGAGAAGGAAAGGGAAGGGAAGAUGGAAUAUCGGAAUGACUUCGGGAAGGCAAAGACCGAGGACGUGAAUUGGGGAGAAGAUCGGAGGAAAGAGGACUCGGAAGGACAGGAAGAGGAAAUGGUGGUAAAGGAAGAGGAGGAGUCGGAGAAGAGAGAAGAGCAGAAGGGGGAGAAGAAAAAGGAGGAAGAGAGAGAAAAGAGAGAGAAAGGAUUGGAGGGCGACAAAGAAGAGAACACAGAAAAGAAUGAAGAGGAAACAAAAGAGAAACUGCUAACGGAGGCGACAGAGGAAACCAAACAAUCGAAGAAAGAAGAAACGGAAGAGGAAGGGGGGGCGGCCGGCGGAGUCGAGGAGGCCCGGGGGACAGAAGGCGCGCUCGGCCGGAGGGAGGAGGACGAGGCGGGCUUCCUGGCGAGGCUGCCGAGGCGCGGGGCCAAGAAGAAGAGGCCGCUCGGCGCCACCUUCGCCAGCGCCAGGCGGGGCGCCGGGGAGGCCCCUGCGGCUGCACACGAGGAAGCUUUUUUCCCAGAGGUUUGCGGGCCGAAGAAACCUCCACGACGCAGCCUAUGCGAGGGUUCACUGCGAGGCUUGGAAAAGGAACAAGACCCAUGCCGCGAGCACCAACUGCCGCUAAACUUCUACUGCGCCACCUGCAAGGAGGUCAUCUGCCGGGACUGCACGGUCGUGACGCACCCACACGACCUCCACAGGAUCCUGGACACAGCCGACGCCCUCGCCGCCCUCCGCACCAACGCCCUCAGCCUCCUGCGCCACUACACGCUCGUCCAGUCCUUCCAUGCGGCGCUCUCCUCGGCCCUCGAUAUGUACAUCGCGAACAACCCUUCUAUGACGCACGCCUGCAUGGAGAUCGCCGACCGCCUGAAGAUCGAGAGCGGUGACUACCUGCAGCAGGCGGUGACGGAGGCGGAGGUCCUGGUGGAGAGCGAGGGAAACCUGCACCGCUUCAGCGCGAAGAUCCGGGAGUGGGAGGGCCGCCAGGAGGACUGGGGCGGCGUCGUGUUCCUGGCGCUGAGGUGUCAGCUCCUGGCCGGCUAUAAGUCGGCCAGCGAUAAGGUGUUUCUGAGAAUGGGGGAUUGGGUGAUAGCUACCCCUUGGAUCUAUCUGCGCCACCUUCUAGAACCUUACCUCCCCGAAAAUGGUGCCACAGAUACGGCUAACACUACUCUGCAUGCUAAACAGCCUUCGAAGACCAGCUCCAGGAGUCCAAGUCCCCGGGGGCGCGAGAAAUCUUUCCCCCACGACGCCCGCCAGAUGGUGCUACACAACCUCCUGCCCUACGUCAUCUUCAACCCGGAGAUAAGGUACUUCCUCCAGAUCAGCGACCUGCGCGACACGGAGGUGACGCUGGUGGUGGAGCCCUCCAGCAACCACGUCCGCGAGUACCUGACGCGGCGCCACCACGCGGCCGCGCUCUCGCCCCAGAUGCUGCACAGGACCCGGGCCGGCUUCUCCUUCGCCGACGACGCGCUCAACAUCGUCGAGAAACAGUUCAUGAUGGGGGGGCGUCACAAGUCCCGGCUGGUGGGGUCGUACAUGGCCGUAGAGGGACAGGGGGGCCGAGAGGCAGGGGCCGGCGUGCAGCGGGUCGUCAAGGUCAGCCUCCCCGACGUGACUGUCGUGGACGGGGGGCGGGGCUUCCCCUCCGUCGGCUGCAGGAAGGUCUGCCAAGGGGACGUCCUGCUCGAGCACCAGCUCACGGGCAGACCCGUCCUGAGCGUGGCCUUGAGGGACAUCAGCGAAGUGUCCGCCUUCCACCUCGGCCACGUCACGCGGGGUCUCGACGGCCUCAACUACCUCAUCGAGGCCGAAGAGUACCGCAAAGCCGAGACGUCGGGCCUCCGGGCGAAGAUCCUGGCGACGGUGCGGCGGGAGGAGGAGGCCGUCUACCAGGUCACCCUCGGCAUGGACAUCUGAGUGGCAGCGCUCGGAAAAUACAAAGAUACAUGCGGGAGAGACGAAAAGGGACGAGAAAAUUCUGUCAAGAUAAAAGCACAGGGAGGUACCGAGAUAAAUAUGGGAAAAGGAAGGAAAAUUGCGAGAAUGGGUGAUCUUUCUCAUGUGUAAAUCAUCUCAUAUAAUUAUUAGCUCCUCUUACCCCACACUAAUUGUAAAUGUGUAAAUAUUCACAUUUCCAAGUUAACCUGUCUCCAAAUAAAUUAAUACACACAACUGUAUAAAUAGAGAAGAUUCAGAUGAUGACAUAAUAUAUACAUCCUUUUAUGCUAGCUUAGAGAAAUGCUGAUUGACUAAUAUUAAAAUAUUUGGAAAACUUCAUGCUUUUUCCCUCCCACAAAAUAUGUGCAGCCUACAAUUACUUUUUUCCUUAUGAGCCACAAUCAUCUAUGUCAUAACAGCAUCAUUCCAGAUGGAUUACUUAUUACUGUUUGUUAUGUUUAAACAUCAAAUUUGUCAAAAUUUGUCAAAAGUAGUCAUUUCAAAAAUAAGAAAAUAAGUAAAAAUAAAUAAUAAUAAUAAUGAUGAUGAUGAUAGUAAUUAUAAUAAAAACAUCAAUAAUAAUGAUAACAGCUAUAAUACCAAUAAUAACUAUAAUCAUCAUAAUAAUAAUAGUAACAACAAUUAUCUUUCAUUUUUUCUUGAGGCCUUGACUUUUCUUUUGUGUUGUUACAUUUUAUUCCUAAAGUACCCUGCGGGUUAGUGGCUUAAGGCAUACCUGAUGACUAUUUUACUGUUUUGAAGUUCAAAGCCUCUCUGGUUCUUAAUUAUAGCUAAUACUUCCACUUAUUUCUUAUUAUCAUCUUUAUAGGGUGAAAGUAGAAACAACAAUCUAGUGUGAGAUUGUGAUACAUUAUUACAUCAAAAUAAAAGCAAUAUAUUGAAGUAGGCACACUGUGGGCUGCAAGUUGGCUGCUCCAUGAAAAAAGAAAAAUGAUGAAGGACUAUACAAGAAAGCCCUGAGUGUAGAGAAAAUGCACUUAUGUACAGAUACAAUUUAUAAACAUUUGAUUUAAGAGAAACGGUCUACAUAUACAGGAAAAUUCAUGAUCACUUGAUUUCAGAAAUAUAUAAUGGUCUUGCCUAGCUUAGACAUGUCCAGAGCAAUAUAUUCCUGAAUCAGAGCACUAAAAAUAAGUUAAAAAAAUAAUUCUUACAAUUAAAAUAGAACACAUUUAUCCUAUUAGCUGCUGUACACCUCUUUAGUGGUUAUACACUGAUGUGUUGCUUGAGAACACUUGUUUUUAAAUUUUGUUUUCUGUGUUGUUGUAAUAGUGUCUGCUGUAUUCGGCAUGUUUUUUUUUGUUUGUUUUGUUUUCCAUUAAAUAAUUGGUCAGCCUUUCUGUGCUCCUGACUAUAGGGGCAAGAUCAAGUGUGCAUAAAUGAGGCUCAAGGUUUGGUACAGACUGACUUUGAUUACACUAAGCAAACUCAGAAAAGCUUUCCUUUUCAUUCCUCUCUCUUUGGCCCCGGUUCCACUUGCCAAACACAGCCCUCGGUCUCAAAGCCACCCCAGCCUGCCCAACAACCCAUUUUGGUUCCAAUUACUGCAACAUUCCUCCUGAUAGCACAUCUCAGCUGGCCCCAAAUAAUCUUUCAUGUUGUUAUAACAGCAUAAAAAUACUUAACAAUUUUCCAAGAUGAUCAUAGACUGUAAAUCAUCAUUGCCUGUGAAAGAAUUAUCAGGGUCUCCCUUAGAUCCCCUGAUAAUAUCUCUAAGACAAGUGAAAUCCUGGCU